GCCGAGUCAGGCCUGUCAGGCACCUGACUCUUUUGAGAAAAAAAAAGAAUCAUAAUUGAAAUUCUUCAAGGUUUACUAUCGGUGGAGCAACACAUAAACCCUAAAUUUUGGGAUUUAGGGUUUCGCGAUUUGGAAGCGGAUUCAUGGUGAGUUUCUUGUUAUUGUUCGUAAUUCCAGAGAAAUUUUGGUAUCUAUGAUUCAUGACUGCGCGAUUCAUCUUCUCGAAUUGAAACAGAGAGUAGUUGGGUCGGAAUAGCUUUCAACACUGUAGCAUUUGUAGCAUUGUCUUUUGUAAUGUAUUCUCUGAUUCUCCAUGGAAGAAGGUUGGUCCAAUCGCAGAAAUGCUUGAGUUUGAGUGUUUCAGUGCAAAAUGCAUUUGUUUUGUCCAAUUCCUUCUCUUCUGCUAGAGCUGCUGAUGUGAGCAUUAGAGAUGGUCGAAAAGGGAAGAACUUUACAGUCUCUUACCUCGUUGAUUCAUUGGGUUUAUCUAAAAAGCUCGCUGAAUCCAUCUCAAGGAAAGUUAGCUUUGAGGACAAGGUCAAUCCUGAUUCUGUUCUAAGUCUGUUUAGAAGUUACGGGUUCACAGAUUCUCAGAUCUCUACCAUCAUUACGGAUUAUCCGUUAUUGCUUGUAGCAGAUGCUAAGAAAGCACUUGGUCGCAAGCUUCAGAUUCUGCAGUCUAGAGGAGCUUCAAGCUCUGAGAUCACUGAGAUUGUUUCUACAGUACCGAGAAUCUUAGGAAAGAAAUCUAUUACUGUAUACUAUGAUGCUGUCAAAGACAUUAUAGUAGCCGAUACGAGUUCGAGUUAUGAACUCCCACAGGGUUCUCAGGGGAAUAAAAUCCGAAAUGUAUCGGCUUUGAGAGAAUUAGGCAUGCCUUCUCGGUUGUUAUUACCCUUGCUCGUCUCCAAAUCGCAGCCUGUGUGUGGAAAAGAAAAUUUUGAUGCAUCCCUUAAGAAGGUUGUUGAGAUGGGGUUUGAUCCCACCACCACUAAAUUUGUUUUAGCUUUGCGGAUGCUUUACCAAAUGAGCGAGAAAACGAUUGAAGAAAAAGUUGUAGUCUUUAGAAGUUUAGGUUUUACUGUGGAUGAUGUAUGGGAAAUUUUCAAGAAGACUCCUUCUGUUUUGAAAGUCUCCAAGAAGAAGAUAUUGAAGUCGGCUGAAACGUUUCUAGACCUAGGAUAUAGCAGAGCUGAGUUUCUGAUGAUGGUUAAGCGUUAUCCUCCUUGCAUUGAAUAUUCUGUAGAGUCUGUUAAAAAGAAGAAUGAGUUUCUGGUGAAGAAGAUGAAAUGGCCACGAAACGCCUUGGUUUUGCACCCUCAGGUGUUUGGAUACAGCAUGGAGAAGAGGAUUAUACCAAGGUGUAACAUACUCGAAGCUCUCUUGUCGAAAGGACUGCUCAGAAAGGGAAGUGAACUACCUGCAGUGUCCUCUGUUUUGUCGUGUACCGAUGAAGGAUUUUUAGACAGGUAUGUGAUGAAGCACAACGAGCUGGUGCCUACGUUGAUGGCUAUAUUCACCAAAGGUAGUGUUUCAUAGAUCAGAAGGCACACCUACAACAAUGAGCAGUGCCAAGGUUUGUUCUUAUUUUGUUGUUGUCAGUUUUAGAUUUCUAGAUGAAUCUUAUGAUGUGAUAAUGGAAAAACGAAAGAAAAGCUUUUGUUAAAGUAUCUAUGAGUGAAUUCAUGAUAUGUCAAAAAUGUUGCAUGGAUACAUUGGCUCUUUAGUACUUGUUACGAGCUGCUAAGAGAGUCGUGUCAAGUUCAAUACUUUUCCUUGUCAUUUCCAUAAUUGCUUGUCUGUUUGGAUUCUAUUGUGCGGAAGUUAUGAUUUAUAUUUUCAGAUUCAUAUUUUCACUUAGGAAGCUUUAGUUGGAAUCAAAGUGGAUGACUCUGAUUGAGGAUUUCAAUGAUCGUUGUUAGAACCUUUCUUGUAGUUGGUGGAUUGUAUCAAAAUUGAUAUGU